AGCAAGAUGAUAUAAAUUGAUAGAGGAUGUGAAUUGUAUGAAAAAAGAUAAAUCUAAAGAAUAACAAUUGAGAUAGAUUCUUCGCCUUAAGCUAUUCCUUUUAGCACACCGCACCCAUUGGUUCCCAAAUACAGCUAGACAGGUUUACAUCAGUGCAAAACGAGGUGUGUCGGUGGCGAUGCUGGUUUGGCCUGGAUUUCUUGUCACUGACAUGGCACAAACCACAUGGCACGGGUCGGGAUUAUUAACAUCAAUACUUAAAUGCACGAUCAUUUUUAUGCUCAUUUUUACUGGCGAUAGAGAAGCUCGAGGAGAAAUUUUGAGAGGAUAUCCGUGCAUUCGUCGUUUACAUCAAUUAUAUUGCGCCACGCCAGGCAACAAAUAUCCAAUUGAAAGAAUUAAGUUAUUUAUUGACGAAAAUAAAGCAUUGAUGAGAAGAAUGUUUGGUGAAUAUACCUACGAACCCGACUUAAACUUCAACUCUUCUUUUCCUCGAGAUCGAUUUGAAACUUAUGACGGACAUGUUAUUCGCCCUCGUUCCGAAAGAUCGAGGAAUUCCUAUAGUGCAUCUAACAACAAAGUAGAUUCCUGCGAAUCAGCUAUUGAGAUAGUGACUCCUUAUUGGGCUUCGAAUAGUGCUGGAAAAAUUCGAGCUAUUGUAAAUACUCAACAUCUGCAGCAAGCAAUUCAACAAGAAGUUUGCCAGUCCGACCAGACAAAACGGUGUACGGGAGAUUGUUCUUGCGAACAAAAAUAUAAAUGGCACAGGUUGUUAUCCUACGAUCCCGAUGACGACUGCAAAGGAAUUUUUAUGGAUUGGUUCCUCUUUCCAUCUUGCUGUGUAUGCAGAUGCACUAAUAAUCCCGGAACUACAUGAAUUCUAAUUCAGAAAGUUUUUAUGGAAUAUUAAAUUUAUUUUAUAAUAAA